AUGAAGAACGUCCAAGUCAAAAUUCACGUUUGCCCCUGCUCUGGAUUCCAGGGGUGUGUGUGUACUGGAAAGUCUCGAUGUCGCUGUGAAGGAAUGAAAGGAAGCAAGGGGGAAAAAGGAUAUCCAGGUGACACUGGACCUCCUGGACCAACUGGUUAUGCUGGCCCUGAGGGUAAUCCAGGACCACCAGGCCCCAAGGGCAGUCCAGGCCUUGCAGGACCCCCAGGACCCAUAGGAGACCGGGGGCCUGAAGGAAUCAUAGGCUUCUCAGGAGCUCAGGGAUUGCCGGGUACCCCAGGUAACCAAGGGCCGGUAGGACUGCCUGGAAACCCUGGGUGUAAUGGAACAGAGGGGGACGAGGGCUUUCCUGGAUUACCAGGCCUCCCUGGUCCUAAUGGACAAAGAGGGCUUCCUGGCUACUCCACCCAGAAAGGCCAAAAGGGUGACAAAGGUGAAAUUGGCCCUGAGGAAGACAGGGACCACCUGGCUCUCCAGGGUCCCCUGGUCCCACUGGCCCUCCAGGUGUGCCAGGUUUUCAAGGACCUCCGGGACUUCAAGCUGAGAGCUCUUCCAUCGCAGGACUUCCUGGCCCAAUGGGCCUUCCAGGUCUCAGAGGAGUCAAAGGAGAAAAGGGAGACUCAGCACCAUACCGUGUGGGACCCCCUGGUGGAGAUGGAUAUCGAGGACCAACUGGACCGCCUGCUGACCUUGUCUCUCUUGGCAUUUCGUAUCGAAGGGCCUCCAGGACUGCCUGGACAGAGGGGCAUUGUAGGUCCACAGGGAAAGGGUGAGGCUUGUUAUGACUGCUCUCUGUCUGGGUCUGGACCACCUGGAUUACCUGGACCUACUGGCCCUCCUGGUCGCCCAGGUAAUCAGGGCCUCCCAGGACCAAAAGGUGAUGGAAGUGGUUCCUAUGGGCAUGGGGUAAAAGGGGAGAAGGGAUAUCCUGGGCUCCCGGGCAAACCAGGGCAAUAUGGUCUCCCAGGCUCCCCAGGGCGUCCUGGGUCAACGGGUCAGCCCGGACCCAAAGGGGAUUCAUAUCGGAGCUCUAGUUUGAAGGGAGAUCGAGGCUUUCCUGGGCCCCCAGGGCCCCAGGGAAACCCUGGGCCAGUGGGACCCCUGGGGUCACCAGGUUUAGGCCCACAAGGACCUCCUGGAGAGAAGGGUAGCCAUGGAGUGCCAGGUCUUCCAGGACCUCCUGGAAUCCCAGGGAGACCUGGAUUAUCUGGUUUACCUGGAACACCUGGUUUACCUGGUCAAAAAGGGGAAACAGGAGGAUUCCUUGCUGUGGGAGCUACAGGACCACCUGGAAUGAAAGGGGAUAAAGGCCGGCCUGGACUUAAAGGUGAGCCUGGGAUUGGCUUUAGCGGCCAACCUGGACUCCCUGGGCCACCAGGGCCACCAGGGCCAAAGGGUGAUGUUGGAUAUGGGUCCCCUGGACGUGAGGGUCCUCCAGGAUUCCCUGGUGAACCUGGAAGUCCUGGUCCGCUUGGAGAACCAGGACCUCCAGGUUUACCCGGACCCCCAGGACCAAAGGGACUCCCGGGGAGACAUGGUCUAAAAGGAUCAGGAGGUCAGAAGGGCUUAAAGGGAGAACCAGGAGCUCCAGGUUUUGGACUUCCUGGCCCUGUUGGGGAAAGAGGCCCUCCUGGACCUACAGUACCAGGAAAACAGGGCCUGCCUGGACCAAAGGGCUUCAAAGGAAGGGAUGGACAACCUGGACCUCCAGGUGUCAGGGGAGAACCAGGACCACCAGGGAGAUCUGAGCAUGGACCAGAUGGUCUGCCCGGACCAGCUGGAAGCCCUGGUCCAAAAGGAUCUCCAGGAGCUGAAGGCUCUCGAGGUCCCCCAGGCCUCCAAGGGAUACCUGGAGAUCCUGGCUACCCAGGUGUCCCAGGUCAUGUAAUUCAACCACCAAGAGGAUGUCCAGGAGAACCUGGAUUUACUGGUCUGCCUGGUAUUCCUGGCAAUAAGGGAGAACCUGGUCCCCCUGGACCAAGAGGACCUGAUGGGAACGAUGGAGUGCCAGGACAUUCUGGACCACUAGGCCCACCUGGAGAUCCUGGUGCUUAUAGCUACCUCCCUGGUAUAGCAGGCCCAGCAGGUCCUAGAGGUGAUCCAGGACACAUAGGUUUUCCUGUUGAUGCUGAUACAUCAUUUAAUGAUAUACUGGAUCCUGAUAAUUCAGGAGCGAAAGGUACAAAAGGACCGUCAGGUUGGGCUGGAUUUGCUGGUCCUGUAGGAUCACCAGGGGUACAAGGACCUAAGGGACUGAAAGGAGACCCAGGUACGGGUUCCCGAGGACUCCCUGGUCCACCUGGUCGAAAGGGUGAGCCAGGAUCUAAAGGAAGCCCUGCACGCAAAGGAGAGAAGGGGGAUCUUGGAUUUCCAGGGCGUCCGGGUAGCUAUGGUCCAUCGGGAUCAGCAGGAAACCCUGGAAAUUCUGGCUUGCCAGGACCUGUGGGACCACCUGGAGAGCCAGGUUCUUAUAGGUCCACUGGACCUCCAGGACCCCCUGGCCCAGUUGGACCACGGGGCCCCACUGGUCCUGCUGGCCUCUCAGGACCCCCAGGUCUCAGAGGAGAGCCAGGAGGGGAUGGAUUCCGUGGGCCACCUGGAGAGAAGGGAGAAACUGGUCCAGAGGGAGAUCCAGGGAUUCCUGGCCUCUCAGUUCCUGGGAGUCCUUGCUUUCCUGGAGAGAAGGGACCCCCUGGAGUAGUGGGAAAUCCAGGUCUCAGGGGUCAUCCAGGUAGGAAAGGAGAUUGUCUUCAAGGACCUAAAGGAGAUCCAGGUUUGCCUGGCAGAGCAGGAGCUCCAGGGCCACAGGGUCCUCGUGGUCCUCCAGGAGAUUCAGUUCAAUGGUGUAAAGGACAGCCAGGGGACAGGGGGCCAGAAGGUCCAACAGGUCCAGGGGGACCCACAGGUGAUCCUGGAAGUUCAGGCGGACCAGGUGCACCAGGCAGACCUGGAGAUCCAGGGCCAAAAGGAGACCCUGGUCCAACUGGACCCCCAGGAUUAGUUGGUGAGCCCGGAGAUCCAAACUACAGUCCCGGCCCUAAAGGCCAACCUGGACCCAAAGGACUCCCAGGACCACCAGGUCCCAGGGGUGCCGACGCCAUAAGAAUUUUGCUUCGUAUUCCCGGGGAUCCAGGGCUGGUGGGUGACCGUGGCAAUCCUGGUCCCAAAGGACAUGUCGGACCACCAGGACCACCAGGACCUCCAGGCGUUCAGGGCCCGAAGGGGCUUCCAAGACAGGCACCCCCAGGUUUGCCUGGUUUCACUGGAAGAAAAGGAGAAAAAGGUGCUCCGGGAACCCUAGGACCAAACGGGUUCAUAGGACCCCCAGGUCAGAGAGGCACUCCUGGCCCCCCAGGCAUCAUUACUUCUGGAGUGCUCAACAGUUUCUUUUUGGCCAGACACAGUCAGACAGUCCUUGUGCCCAGUUGCCCACAAGACACCACCCUGAUCUACUCAGGAUACUCCCUACUCUUCAUCAAUGCAAACGAGAGGGCUCAUGGCCAGGACCUGGGCUCGCUUGGGAGCUGCUUGCCACGUUUCUCUACCAUGCCCUUCCUCUUCUGUGACACGGAGAACACCUGUCGUUAUGCAGCCCGCAAUGACUACUCCUACUGGCUGUCUACAGGGGAGCCCCCGCCAGAAGACAUGCAUCCUUUUAUGGGCGAAAAUUUAGUCAAAUACAUCAGCAGAUGUUCAGUGUGUGAAACUACUGCAAAUGUCAUCGCCGUCCACAGCCAGACCACGCAAAUCCCUGAGUGCCCCCACCACUGGCGGUCACUCUGGACUGGUUACUCCUUUGUCAUGCAAACGGGUGUUGGUGCUCAGGGGUCUGGGCAGCCUCUGAUCUCUCCUGGUUCUUGCCUGGAGCACUUUCAUCAGGUCCCCUUCAUUGAGUGCCAUGGUCGAGGGACAUGCAAUUACUACCCAGACUCCUACAGCUACUGGCUGGCACCACUGGAUCCAAGAUACAUGUUCAGGAAACCUGUGCCUCAGACAGUCAAAGGUCUGGAGAUGAUGAACAUUAUCAGCCGCUGCCGUGUCUGUAUAAAACAACAGGUCAACUUUCAGUAA